GUCGGUAUAGCAUUGUUAGUGGAGAGUUCAAUGGCCAUUAAACAACACAUUCUUUGACUUACGACUUAAGAAUUAAUGUCGUCAUGAAAUGGGAACAUUGUUUUGUCGACAGAUGUUGCAUAUUUCUUUGCAAGUGUGAAAACAUGUCCUUUACGAGCUGUUAAAUUAUAUUGUGUACAAUCGAGUUCUAUUCACUGCGGAUUUAAAGUGUGGCACAUUGUACAAAGGGUAUACAACUAUACGCUCGAGAUAAUAGGACACGCUUAGUUGAAUAACAUAUAUACAGAGUUAUUUUCGGAGGCCUACCCGUCGGAAGGUUAUACCGGCAGUGUCCCGUGUACAUCUAGACCAUGAACUUUCGAGCUCGUGGAUUUUUUAUGAUUUGUCCGGAGGUUCUUCACUAAUUAAAAACAGCACGUCUUUUUAAGAACUCUGAGAUGUGAGAUCAUGUAAAUGUAAAUUCGACCAGUGCGCCAUUGAGAAAGUUGAGAUAAUUGUAUUCACACUUUCAUCGGAGGAGCAGUUUAAACGAGGGAUUAUUGAACGUGACUUGUGACAUUAGAACACACCGAUUGUACUAGUCAUUGCGAUAUACUAACAACGUGAAAACUAAGGCAUACGUUCCAACUGCUGAUAACAGCCCAUCACAGAGAGUUCAUACGGAGAUAUCUACAUGCAUAUGUGAAACGGUAAAGGGACACUGUGUGUUUAUUUAGAAGGUAAACAAAAGUCGGCGGCGACCAGGCCAAUAGAAGUUUGUGUAACCGACCCAUGGUAAUAAUCAAUAUAGAAGGUGUGUAUCUACUUUGAUCUACCCAUGCUGGUAGAAGUAACAAUUUCAGGGUUCAGUUUUACCUGGGACUGUUACCUGUCUGUCUGUCCUACCCAGGUGUGAUGGUCCUUACGGUGUGCCCGAAGUGAACAAUAUAAUUUCAACGUUGUGGAGAAAAACUUAACUUGGAUUUUUAUACGAUUGGCCGUUACUACAGUAGACUUUACCUGUGUGAAUAUACAGGUAUUUGUUAAUAACGGACAUUAUCGGGUCAUCAUUGAGAUUUAAAUCCGGCAUUCCCAGGAAGGCAAGGUGUAAGAGGACAGGAUGGUAAAUUACAUCAUGUCAAAUCAUCCCACGCCAAUAACUGCUGUUGAGUGUUAGGCGUGUGAAAUUGGAAAAAAAAUAAUCUCGGUUGAUAACUUGCCACAACUUUUUCGAUACAUAUAUAUGACAAUUAUUCAACAUAUACAUAUUCAACAGGAGACCAUUCAUUUCAUAUCAUUCUUGAAAAUGUCGACACGAAGUAAAGUAUGUGCCGUUUUAAGGACCAGUUGGACCGUUGGAUUAGUCAUGGUGUGUGUCGUAUUGUUACCAGUCAACUCGUCUACAACGACUAACUUUCUGGAUAACAACUUAUGCAGUCCUGGAAAUACCAUCACGUGCCCAUGUUCGAUUCUCAGCAAUGAUAGACUCCUGGUCAACUGUUCUUCCAAAGGGUUCAUUGAAGUACCUGCGGGCAUUCCUCGUGACUCCAAGGUGUUGAUGUUGAAAAACAAUAUGAUAACAUGGAUUAAUUCAGGAAACUUCCUUAAUCUACAUUUACUAGAAACGUUACAUAUCAACGAUAACAGGAUCAAGAAUAUAGCUGGUGGAAGCUUUGAUCAGCUAUACAGCCUCAGGACCCUGAACUUGCAGAACAACUUAUUAACAAGGAUUGAAUCUACAAUGUUCCGAUAUUUGUCUAACCUUGCAACACUGGACCUUUCAAAUAACCAGAUUUCAAGAGUAGUUGGCGAUUCUUUCGUUACCCUGACCAAAAUCAACCAGAUUGCUUUUACCGGAAACACCGGUCUUAUUUGUGAUUGCGAGAUGAGGAAGUUCAAACAAUGGUACGACUUCAUGUCAACAGCAUUUGGCGUCAGCGUGCUGGACGCGUAUUGUGCGAACAAAAACAAUCUUCCAAUUCAGGACGUAUCUGACUUUGGUGGAUGCACUGGACAGGAUCUUUUCAAUCAGGGUAUUGAUUGUGAAGGUUGUUCCCGGAAAAAGAGUGAUAGGGAAUGUGACGAAACAACAACUACAGUACAGUGUUUAACUGAAGAUAAACCGGUGUGUUAUUCUAAUUUGACGUUCACAACGAGUGGUCUAGAGCUUAAUAAAGGAUGUGAAUCUUUUCGAACUUGUGUCGAAAAAGCUCGAGCUGUCAGUUCACAAUGCUUUGGGAGUGCCAACGAAGUUCACUGUAAAUACUGUUGUAUAGGAGACAGCUGUAACCAUGGAAACACACUAGGUCGGACAAGAAUAAUAACGUUUGACUUAUCAACGUUACUGCGUGGUACUUUGGAGUCCAAUCUUUUUAAUGUUGGUUCACUGGCAUACACCCAGUUUCAGACCGGAAUUGCAAAUAUUCUGACCAAUCAAGCAUUAGGAACAUAUCACGUGAUUGUAAAAGUCAUCGCGCCAAGCAGUGGAGAAUUUACCGUGAUUGCUACCAUCGACUGCAACACCUUGGUGGAAAAAACUGAACUCACAAUAUAUAACUUUAUCUAUACUGAACUGAAAAAAGUACAGGGGCUUUACGAACAUGACGUGAAGAGCUGGAGCCUUGAUCACCCAACUUUGUGUCCCGCCGAACUUGUUGACAGUCCUAAAGGAACGUUUUCAUGGCCUGCAGCUGAAAUAGGGGCUUCAGAGAGAGCUCAAUGCCGAAACUACACUGGAAACAGGAUCAAAUAUGCAACAAGAGAGUGUCUCAUGGGGAUACAAAAUAAGGCAGAUUGGUCAGCGAUGAGUGUUGGGGAUUGCCUUGACUACACUGGAACAACGACGACAACGACGACGACGACGACAACGACAAUAGCGCCCCCUGUGAACAGAACGGCCGAUUUGACAGCGCUAUCUCGGGAAGCCGCCACAGACGCUAAUGCCGAUGACCAGGCUUUGGAGCUCGCAAAAAUAUCAGAGGCAUCCGAAACCUACACCAGUGCCGAUGUGAGGUUGACGGUCGAUAAGUUAGAGGAGUUUGUCAACUUGGAUAGCACACACUCCUCCAUACAAAGAGGAGGGAACAUAGCGAAGACCAUGAGCAACUUCCUGGAUACACCACAACUGCAGUUAUCAGCUGCAGAGAAGGACUCAAAUAGCCCAACUAGAUUUUUGCAGACAGUACAGAAGCUUGUAGAUAAGUCAGCACAGAACAGUUUCAGCGCUGUUAAUCCAAAUUUGGCACUUUUCUCUAGAGGAGGCAUAACAUCGUCCAAUUUCAAUGGCUAUACUAUUCAAUCGAAUAAUAAGCCAGGAGAAAAAUUUGCUCCGACUUCUGUAGAGGUGAUAGCUGGAUCACGCAAUAACAGCGAACAAUCCUACAUGAUUCUACCUGCCGAUCUCCCACAGUCAUUGAGCGCCAGUGAACGAUCAGCUAUGUCUAAAAUUACGUUUGCAGUUUUUGCAGAGGACAAGUUAUUUUCCGCAAUAACAGGUAAACUUCCAGCGUUUGGUGGUCCGCAAGUCGAGGAUGAUUUGGAUUUCAUCAGGGGCCCAAAUAGUUUGAUAAUGGCUGCUUCCAUUCCGAACGUUGACGUCAAGGGUCUACAAAGUCCUGUCUUACAACGUUUUGUUCAUACUGAAAAGAAUUCUAAGAAUCCAGCCUGCGUAUUCUGGGACGAAAACUUGCAGUCUACCGCAAAGUGGUCAGGCGAGGGAUGCUCCGUUUACGAAACUGUGGCCAAUUCCCACACCACAUGUGCAUGUGACCACUUGACCAAUUUCGCUUUACUUAUGGAUAUAUACGGAACGGGAGGAGGCAUCAGCGACGAGAACAGACUAGCCAUGUCCAUUAUCUCCUACGUCGGAUGUAGUAUUUCCCUCUUUAGCCUCUUAUUGACGCUCUUCACAUAUUGUUUAUUUAAGAAACUACGAAGCAGUAACCCGUCAAAGAUCCUCAUAAACCUGUGUAUAGCAUUGAUUGCAGUCAAUGUAAUUUUUAUUUUGGGUCAGCAGGCCUAUGCACUCGACAACUCCGCUGCAUGCAAGGUCGUGGCUGUACUGCUACAUUACUUCCUGCUGUCCGCCAUGACUUGGAUGGCCGUGGAGGCUUUCUACAUGUAUCUGGCAUUGGUCAAGAUAUUCAACACCUACAUUCGACGGUUCCUCAUCAAAUGUUGCCUGGUUGGAUGGGGUAUUCCGCUGGUUGUUGUGGUGGUGACAUUGGGGAUAAACAAGACGGAUAAUUAUGGCCGACAGCCGGGAGACAUAUGCUGGUUAGAUCCCAUUCCGUUCUACAGUGCAUUCCUUGCCCCUGUGCUGCUGAUUCUGAUUUUAAACACAAUCGCAUUCGUCAUGGUAACACGGCAGUUGUUCGGAAUGUCAUCAAAGAAGAUCACCAAGUCUGACAAAUCCAGCACGUUGUCCCGACUUCGAGGGGCAGUGGGCGUGGUCAUUCUCCUUGGUCUUACGUGGGUGUUUGCAGUAUUUGCGGUCGGUGGCACCGGUGGAAUUAUUGUCCAAUAUUUGUUCACUAUUUUCAACUCACUUCAGGGACUUUUCAUUUUCAUUUUUUAUUGUUUUCUGCACAAAGAGGCGAGGAAGCACUGGGCAAGAACGUUGCCCUGUUGUGACGCAUCCAACGAGAAAGGAAGCACACAGACCAGUAGAGAGGAGAAAGGGAAAAAGUACACCGCAGGAUACAAUUCCAGCAGUUCUCCGUCUUCUAGAAAUGGCACUGCUUCCUCUGGCGACUUUUCUUCUGAUAUAAGCAGGAGCACAAGUCAAAGUGACAUCGAUCCACAAUUUCGAUCGAAUGAGCAUACAAGAGGAAGAUACCCAUCAUAUGCUGAUUCAACAAUUUAGUGCUCCAUGCAUGUUUAAUUUCACGAUAACAAUACAAAAGUAACAAGAUUCCACAAUGUUUUUCUCAGCUGAUUUGUGAUUCAUUAUAAUGGAGUUGUCGACCCCACUGCGACUCAACAAUAUAGCGCUUAAAGGUUACACGGCUCAACAAUAUAGCGCUUAAGGUUACACGGCUCAACAAUAUAGCGCUUAAUGAUUACAUUGUGUAGUAAUGUAGCACUCACCUACACUGAUUCAACAAUAUCUAGCUCAACUCUAAAAUAAAGCACGACUAUUCUGAUGUACCAAUGCAACGAUUUAUCCAUUUCUGAUUCUACAAAGAAGUACUGAACACUUGAUUCAACAAAAUCGUU